AUGGCACAGGAGAUAUGGUAUGAUUGGAAACCUACAUACUGUUCAAAAUGUAUGCAAAUAGGCCACAACUGUAACCAAAAACAAAGCAAUACAGGAGGAGGUGAGAUGAAACCAGAACAACAACAAAUGAAGAUCAUACCAAAGCAGAGGACUGAGUGGAGACCUAUCAAUAAAGAAGCUGGAGUACAAAACCAACAUCAGCAGGUGGUAGGAAAAGAUAUUGAAAAGCAACAAGUGAAUAAUGAUAAAGAAGCUGGGAAUAGAGAUGAUUGGCAACAAGUUAAAAGCAAAUCUGCAGCAAAAGGACAAAGAACACAAGGAUUUGGGCAAUGUAUUCAAGUUCUGAAUGGCUUCAAUAGCUUAGUGGAAACAAGACAAGAACAAGAAGCAAGGGGAACUGCUGAAUGUAGUACAAGAAGAAUAUGGGUAAUAUGGAAUCCAAAUGUGCUGCAAUAUACAGUGCUAGAAAAACAUGAUCAGAUUAUUCAUGGCAGUGUGAAGAUUCUAAAUAAUAAUAAGGAGUUCUAUUUCUCAGCUGUAUAUGGCCUACACAACAUACAUGACAGGAAAUCAUUAUGGGGAGUAAUUAGAAACAUAACAGGGCAAUGCAUAAGACCUUGGCUGCUGAUGAGAGAUUUCAACUCUAUCUUAGGGGCCGAGGACAGAAUGCAUGGAAGUGAAGUGCAGGACAAUGAAACAAGGGAUUUCAAGGAAGCCAUAGAAGAUUGUAGUUUUGCAGAAUUACCAACACUGGGAAGGACAUAUACAUGGACAAAUGGUCAUGUAUUUAGCAGGAUUGAUAGAGCAAUAGUAAAUGAUAGCUGGAUGAUUAAUAUGCCUCAUCAUCAGGUUCAAAUAAUGAAUUCUAUGUUCUCAGAUCACUCUCCACUGGGAAUUGAGAUAGAGGUAAGGAGAGACAACAAGAAGAGACCCUUUAAGUUCUACAAUUGUAUGGCUGAUCACCCUGAGUUUGGGAAGAUUGUGGAAAACAACUGGACAAUGAGGAAUGGGAGUAUGGAAGCUAUAUGGAGGAACCUAAAAUCUAUGAAAGCUGCUUUGAAACAACUAAAUAAUAUGGAGUUCAAGAAUGUCAAAGAGAAGAUAACUACCAUAAGAAAGGAAUUGAGUGAUAUCCAAGACAGAAUGAGAAUGCUAAUCCCACAAGUACUUUGUUUGAAGAAGAAAAGGAACUACUAUUGCAACUAG